UGAGAUCACGGGUCAAGCGCUAGUUAUUCUUAAAUGCGUAUGACCUGUAUCUUCGCAGUAUCAAGAAGGGGACAGAGAGUGAGAGUGAAAACGUUCCAUUGAUCAUGUGAGUCUUUGAACUCGAUUAUCUCUAAGUAUAAAGCUGGGUGUUCCAAUUCGAGAAAAUAUUGAAACAAAGACGACAAUUUCCAAUACUCUCCCUCCUCUACCUCUCUCUCUACCUUAUCCUCUCGGCGACAAAUCAACAGCUUGAACUCCUCCUCUGGUCCGGUGCCGCGUGAGAGCGCGUCCGGUGCCGGCGGGGUCUUCUCUUCCCCUCUCUCGUUUUUCCUUUUGUCUCUCGACGAGUCUUGUUCGGUCUCUCCGCUUUGCUCGUCUUCUCUGGGCCUUCGUGAGAUCUCCGGUGAGCUUCCUGUGCGCAAGGUUUGUCUUCUCCGGCAGGUCUUCGUUUUCUCUGGAGGUACGGCGCGGUUGUAGCAGCGGUGGCUCGUGGGUGGCCGGCUUUUAGAGUUGGGAGUAGAUCGAAUUUUCUCCGCUUCGAUUACUUCUUUUUGUCUCUAUCGUAGUCAAGGAGGUCUAGUGCGUUUCUGUUCUUGUCCCGGGAUCUCUUCCGUGCCCGGAUCUGGAAUCUGUUCUUCAAUAGGAGGCUUGGCUCAUUGGUUCGGUUCGGCGUCCAAUCGGACCACUCCUCUUCUCCGUUGUUAAGUGAGAUUCGAAGCCCUUGGUUUUGAAGGUAAGACUUGAGCUUGGAGUGCAGGAGGUGCUGGCUCUCAGUUCUGUCCAGUCUUGCGUCGAGACAUCAGGGAGCUAUUUCCGCUACCCAGUGGUGGAUUCCGUUGGUCGUCUAUGGCCACCGGAGGUUUCCUUUUUUCCGGCUUUGCUUUAGUGCUCCUUGGCUCGGCCUCUUCUCUGUUUCCCUUGGUUUGUUUAGCGGCCGCAAACAUCUCCAAGGCGUGGUCUUCUGGUGCUCUUUCUUUCAACCCUCGCCGAUCUGACACCGGUGUUGGGUUCUUCAGCGUAGACAUGGCUCCUGGUUCUCAGUGGCCACAAGUGGUGGAGGUGGUUCUCGGGGAGUCAUUGACCGCCUUCGUGUCAUCUCUUGAUCUCUGCUUUACAUCCCGGCGUCGCAUUGGCUACUUGGCUCUCUUGCGGUGGUGAAGCUUGAUUUUCUAUGCAGGUUUUAGAGACCUUCAGAUGUGGUGGUGGCAGCAACAUCAACUCGCUCUUGUUCGUGUGUGGCGUCUUGGAGGUGCGUAUAGCUCGGGCUCAAGUGCUUUUUCGGUAUGGUUCUUGAUCCCUACACUUCUUUAGACUGUCAAGAGCGUCAUUGCCAGUAAAGGUUACAAUAUUUCAAGGCGUUCAUCGGGAACUAGCUACUCCAGAAGCGACUUGGGAAAUCCCGGCAUCCGAAGCAAUGAAGAGAACCUCACAUUCCCGAGACCAUCGUCAAUGGUUGAGAACAGUAACCGAUUCCUAAAAAUUUCGAAAAUCAGACUAGUGGAACGUGUCGGGUUUAGUGGGUGGGCGAAACUAGAAUGUACUAGAUUGAUUAGGGAGCUUUUGUUCAAAUCGAGUUUUGUAACCGGAACUGUAUUCUCGUUUUCGGGUCGAAUCAUUAUAUAUAUUUAUUAAAAAAAAAAAAAAAAAAGACGACAAUUCCUCCCCGCCCCCUCCAACAAACUUUUUUUCUUUUGCUAACCAAAAUGGUGACAUUGUUCUCGGUUGUUUUUACUUUUCUUGCUCUUAUUCUCAUCCCUGGUCUCUUCAUCUCUUGGCGUCUAAGUGUUCCUAUCUCCUUCAAAAACAUUCUCAGAUUCAUUAUGCUUAUAACUUCUCUAUACGAUGAUGAGGAAGAGAGGAACGAGAAACAACGUGACGAGGAAACCAAUGUGGUCGAAGAUGAGGAGACACCUUCAGGGCUUGUGAGAGAGCUGAUGCCUAGACACGUGGCAGUGAUAAUGGACGGAAACAGGAGAUGGGCCGAGCAGGCCGGAUUGCCGAAGUCACAAGGCCACGAGGCUGGAGCUAAACGGCUUCUAGAGUUCGCUGUGCUCUGCUUCAAGCUAGGGAUAGAAACAGUGUCAGCUUUUGCUUUCUCCACUGAGAAUUGGGGAAGACACAAGGUGAGACGAUUUCUUACAAAAUGCUUUUAAUUUUCCCUGUGCAUUUAAACUUUAUUAUCUCUUUACAAGUUACAACUCAACCACCCAAGUCGAAGUUAUAUGCUUGAUGUCUUUGUUCCAAAGGUACCUCAAGUCUAAGAUCAAAUUUUUCCAAAGAGAGGAGAUCCGAGUUUCUGUUAUCGGUAAUCUUGCAAAGAUCCCGGCAUCUCUCCUCGGAACAAUCAAAGAGCUAGAGGAAGCUACGAAGAGAUACAAGAAGAAGCAUCUCAUCUUGGCCAUAGAUUACAGCGGGAGAUUUGACAUCUUGCACGCUUGCAAGAAUCUUAUGAAGAAAUCACAACAAGGUUUGAUCAGUGAGGAAGACGUGGACGAGACGUUUUUUGAGGGAGAGCUUGUGACAAAGUGUAUCCCAAGUCCUGAUCUCUUGAUUAGGACGAGUGGAGAACAGAGGAUUAGUAACUUCUUCUUGUGGCAGCUGGCUUAUACCGAGCUCUUCUUCUCACCGGUCCAUUGGCCUGAUUUUGACGAAGAUAAGUUUAUGGAGGCCCUGGUUUCGUAUCAGCGCAGGGAAAGACGAUUUGGUUGUCGGGUUUGACCGAUGAUCAUAUGUUAUGUUUCUCUUUGUGUACUUUGUUAUGUUCGUUUGACUUUUUCUAUUAAAUUGCUCUGUUGUUUCAGCUGCAGAAAAAACUUUACAGUCGUAAGAUAUGAUAUUUGAAAGGAAAUACCACAUACGUACUAUUGAAAAUGAUAAUGGUCACAAGAAACCAGUACGUGGAUUUUGGAAG